GAGGCUGAGGGAGGCGCGGCAGGCGUGGCUGGGAGCGCGGCGCAGAGGCGGGUUGGCCUCUCCUCAGACCUCUGUGAAGGCGGUUGCUUGGGGUGAGAAGCCCAGCCAGUGCUCCCCGCCCUCAGAGAGCCGAGCUACCUCACAGGCGCCACCAUGACAGGCGGCUUCUGCGUCCCGGUACUCCUGGCCGCCUGGCUCGCGGCGGCAGCGGCCGAGGGUCUCGAGCAGGCCGCGCUGCCGGCCGAGGAGAGCCGUGUGCAGCCCAUGACCGCCUCCAACUGGACGCUGGUGAUGGAGGGCGAGUGGAUGCUGAAAUUUUAUGCUCCAUGGUGUCCAUCCUGCCAGCAGACUGAUUCUGAAUGGGAGACUUUUGCAAAGAAUGGAGAAACACUUCAGAUCAGUGUGGGAAAGGUGGAUGUCAUUCAAGAACCAGGUUUGAGUGGCCGCUUCUUUGUCACCACUCUCCCAGCAUUUUUUCAUGCAAAAGAUGGGAUAUUCCGCCGUUACCGUGGUCCAGGAAUCUAUGAAGAUUUACAGAAUUACAUAUUAGAGAAGAAAUGGCAAUCAGUUGAGCCUCUCACUGGCUGGAAGUCCCCAGCCUCUCUAACGAUGUCUGGAAUGGCUGGUCUUUUUAGCAUCUCUGGCAAGAUUUGGCACCUUCACAACUAUUUCACAGUGACCCUUGGAAUUCCUGCAUGGUGUUCUUACGUUUUUUUCGUCAUUGCCACAUUGGUGUUUGGCCUGUUCAUGGGUCUGAUCCUGGUGGUGAUCUCAGAAUGUUUCUGUGUGCCUCUUCCAAGAGCUUCCUCUGAACGCUGUGAGCAGGAGCAGAGUCCUGGAGAGGCUCAAGGAGCUGAGCAGCUACAGGAUGCAGAGGAAGAAAAGGAUGACUCAAAUGAAGAAGAAAAUAAAGACAGUCUUGUGGAUGAUGAGGAAGAGAAAGAGGACCUUGGAGAUGAGGAUGAAGGAGAAGAAGAUGAGGAAGAGGACAACUUGGCAGGCAUCAUGGAUGAGGAGAGAAGUGACACCAAUGAGCAAGGAGUUGUGAAGGAGGGUAGUGUGUCCCCAAAGGCAGACGAAGCUCACCCAGCUGACACUCAGGACAUGGUGGAAGACUCCCUGAGGCAGCGCAAGAGUCAGAAUGCCAACAAGGGAUCAUAGGUUACAUUAUGACAUUUCUAAAAAUACAGGCCAAAAAAGAAGUCCGUUUCCCUCUGGUCUGCAGUUUAAGCCAAAUCCUUAGUUGUUUGUUUUGUUUUUCUGGAUGAGCAAUGUUCACUUUUAAAAGAUGAUCUCUGGCCCUGUGGUUACAUAGUAGUAAGCCUCAGUGUCGUAAGAGAGGUGUAGCACUUAGCCACCAUAGUGUUAGGAACUUUGUGGGGACUUGUGGAGAACAAGUUGAUGUGCUUGGGAGCCAAAGAGUAAAUCAGAGGACUUCUCUGCAGUUCUCAUUAGCACCUUUAGAAGUGAGGCUGCUGCUUAAUAAAGUGAGAGCAAAACCACAGCAUCCAGAGCAUCCUUGAAGUUCAGGAAGUCUUUGCCUUCAUUGUUAAGCUGUGUUUUAGUCAUGUCAGAAACAUCAGGUACCACAGCUCCCCAGCACUGUCUUGAGGCUAGAAAUUGUGGAGACCUGGGUAUAGAUAGAACUUCAGCAUGGAGCUUGGGAGUCCUCUGAGCUCUUUUGGUCUCUGUUGUCUUUUGUUUCUUACCUUUCAUCUCUAUGACUUUUCCACCUUGCACUUGCAGACUCCCAUGGUUCACAGCUGCUCUGUAGUGAGAAGAGCAGGCAGCAGUGAUCUGCAUGGAUUACCCUUACUUGAUGUAAAGCUUGAGGGAACCACAGUUGAGGAGGCUAAGACUGCCAAGUGUCUCAAAGACAUGCUGUACUCUCUGAAAAUUCAAAAGGCAGUAGCAGUUUCAUAGGACAGGUACAAGCAACAUCUUGUUUGGGUCCUAUAGUUACAGGAUAACUUCUUCAAGAGUUUCUUCAGCCACAAUCUUUGUUUUUCUGAAUCCAAAGUGCUCUAAGUCUGGUCACUAUAAGGUAUUUUUAUACAGCUGACUUCAGGUCUGUGGUGGUUAGUUUCCAUCUCAAGAAACCUCUCUGGAACCACUUUAAUAACAACUGAAAAGGCAUGUCUGCUUUGCUUUUAGUGAUGUGCUUUUGGUGAAAAAAAAUUGAUGAAAGUCAAUUUCAGUAGGUAAAAGAUUUUAUUUGUUUCUAUCUCCCUUGAUCCUCUGGAGAAUUGUGUGAUUAUAAAUCUCUCCCUGCUCAAUCCAAUAUCAGUAUCAAGGAACCCAGAUUCCUUAUAAAAAAAAACUCUAUCUCCUCUCUUACCCUCUCAAGUCUGAGAAUAAAUCCAUAAAAUUAGAUUCUAGCUAUAUGAAAGAUGACUAAAUUCAAUCUUAUUCCCCCUUGGAUUGAGUCAGAAUAAUGAGUACAGGUUUGUGAAAUUCAAAAUGUUUCAUCAUUUUAAAAAGGGGUAUGUAGUGUAGUUCUCUGGCUGCUUAGAGGACACUUUCUUUGCAUUAGCUGCCAACAGGAGGGUCAUUGUUAGUGGAGGUUCAGAAUCUGCCCUCCUGUACUGCACAAGGCUGCUACAAACCUUGCACAAAGAAAGAUUUUAUUGUGACAAUCCAUUCUUUAUAAAUGUUUUUAUUUCAUCUUUGUAACUUAGUUAACUGUCAGUUCAAGGCUGAGGCCAUCCCAGAACUGGAGACCUUACUGCCCUUCCAUGUUUCUGUCCUUCGAUACAUCCUUACUCAAAAGUGUCAUGGUUCUGUGGUACUUAUUCAUCUUCCUAAUAGAGCUGAGCUGCACCUUCUCUUCUGCCAGUAUAUUUCCUUCCUUCCCUUGUAAUCCUUCCUUGAUGCAUGGAGUCAGAGUGUUUAAGCAAUAGUAAAUCCAAGUUCAGAGUGGUGGGAAAGGGAUGACUUGCAUCUCUGUUCUGUGAAGUACCCUCCUCCAAAUUGACAUACUGGGUUUUAAUGGGAUAUUUGACAAGAGGGAAAGCUUGAAGGAUUACAGUCUGCCUUGGCUUUGGUAAAUGUUUUAAAACCAGGUUCCAUUUGGACCUCAAAUACUACCUAAUAAUAUAAUGAGAUAAUAUAUUUCCUUUCUUCUUCUUUUUUUUUUUUUUUUUUUUUUUUUUUUUUUCCUGAGACAGGGUUUCUCUGUGUAGCCCUGGCUGUCCUGGAACUCACUCUGUA